AUGGGGGGAUACCACGCAAUCCAGCCGAUCCACCCGCACCCGGUACUCGUUCGAGAGGAUAUUCCCCGCGAUGUGGGCGUCGAAGCCCUCCAGGCAGGGCUCCCACACCACCGCGGCGUUGUUGAAGUGAUACAACGUCGCGCUGAACCGCGUCGCGAUCGCCUUGUCCGGGGCGAGGGAGAACUCCACGCCGCGAAGCCCGCCAUGCGCGAGCGCGCCGCCGGAGCCGAGCAACAUCACCUCCACCAACGGCACCUGAAGCCGGAAGUCGGACAGCGGCAAACUAUCGCUCCCGGUACAACAACGAUAACAAAGCACCCCGGGCAGCUCCGCCGCCUCGGAUAA